AUGUAUCUCGGCAAAAGAGACAACAUGGGCUUCCAAAUGGCCCCGGCCCUUAUCAUCUUCCUCGUUAUCCUCGGCGCCGGCGCCCUUGUCGUCUGCGGCUUCGCAGUGAUGCGCUUCUGGGGCGGCGACGAGGAGAAGGACACUGGUUACAUGAAUCGCUCUGUGGAACAAGACCGGUACAUGAGAGAGGUCAGAGAAAGGACGUGGGGCAAGCUUCCGAACUACUAUUCGAGAAGGCAGCAGUACGACCCCUCGAGUCGAGUCAAUAUGCCGUUUGAAGGGCAGAGUGUGAGCGCGAGUAAUACUACGUAUGGUUGA